AUGACUAGGCUUGUAGAAUCUCAAAAUGCUGAGAUAGCCUUACUUCGGAAACAGCUCGCUGAUGCUCAGGAAGUAAUUGAGACUCGAAAAAAGAGAACUAAAGGCAAAAGAGUCAAAUUACAAGGUCAAUUUGUCUUUAGUACUAAGGAAAUACUGAAAAUAGUACAUGAGGCGAAGGAAAAACCUAAGGAGAAAAAGCCACGAGGACGACCACGCAAGCGCCCAAUUGAAGAAUCAGAAGAAGAGAUUGAAGAAGAAGAGCUAGAGAAUAGUUCAAAUGAUUCAGAAUUGGAAUUGGAGGAUUGGGGUAGCUGGCCUUAUUCGACCGUAGCUAUUGAUCACCCAGGACAAGCCAAUCAGAUAAGAGCGAUCAAAGCAGCAGAAGUUAUCAGAGCAAAAGGAGCCGAAAUCUCCUUAAAUUGGGUUCCUGGUCAUACCUCAGUUGAAGGAAAUGAGCUAGCAGAUAAGCUAGCCAAGGAAGCAACCACAAUACAACCUACCUCGAACGAAACAAGCUUUGGACUACUAGGUAUGACUGUCAAAGAAUAUGCCUCAGAUCAAUGGCUUGAUACUCUCAAACAAUACGAACUCAGAUCAAACCAAUCCCCAUCAACUUACUCGAAGCUAUUUCCAUGGAAAAUAGGUUCCAAAAUCAAGCUACCAAGCGGAACUACUCGAAAUACUGCUAGCGCAUUCUUUCAACUCAAAUUAGGUCACGGAUAUAUCAAAUCCUACUUACAUCGUUUCAAACUCACCAAUAACAAAUGUAUAUGCAGUAAUAUUGAGGCACCACAACACCUCCUUAUUAGCUGUCCUAUAUAUAAAACAAAAAGAAAAGAGAUCUUUAAGAAGAUACCAUUAUCCAAAAACACUAUACAAUUCCUAUUGCAUACAAAAAUAGGUAUCGAAUUAGCUAUCAAAUUUAUCAAUAUCACUAAAAUCGCUACAAGGGCAUGGCAUCUAGCAAGGACUCUUGAACAAGAAGUAAUAGAGGAAGGAGUAGUAGUGGAAGAGGAGAGAGGAGAAGAGAAUGAAGAAGAAGCAGUUGAGGAAAUAAGAGAGGGGUUUGACCUCCUCACAAUUUCUUGA